AUGAACAACACAGAGUUUCCCCCUCAUUUUUCGCACUUCAAACCCCCCGUCUACGCUGCGCAGCAGCAUGAUCAUGCCCCGUCUCGACCGGAAUUGUGGCCACUACAGCUGUCAAGAUACUGCAAGUACAGGGAUGGCAACUUCGUUAUUAUACUGUUUAUACCCGACAGCGCCAGCUCUGUCCCAGCUCUUCAAGGUGUUAAAGCCAAAACCUGGGUGCGCGAGGACAUGUUCGAAACAUGGGAGCUAUGUCCAGAGUCGCUAGAAGGACUCGUCGAUCUCGCACAACAGCGUGAGAGCUCUGGAUCUGAAUCCUCGCUCAGAGAAAAACAGACCGCGUGGCUUGCUAGUUUCCCCGAAAACAGCAUGGGAAACUGGCGGAAGCACAUGUCCGAAUGCGUCUCGAUAGAGGAUUUCGUUGAAGUUUUCAGAUCUGCUCAAGACGACGUAGCUCGUGGGCUUUGA